AUGGUGAAACAGAUCAAUAACAAGUCUUCUUUUCAGGAUGCCUUGGAAGCUGCAGGUGAUAAACUUGUCAUAGUCGACUUCUCAGCCAUGUGGUGUGGGCCUUGCAAAAUGAUCAAGCCAUUCUUUCAUUCCCUCUCUGAAAAAUAUUCCAGUAUGGUGUUCCCUGAAGUAGAUGUGGAUGAAUGUCAAGAUGUUGCUUCAGAGUGUGCAGUCAAACGUAUGCCAACCUUCCAUUUUUUAAAAAAGGGACAAAAGGGCCGGGCUCGUGAAUUUCCUGGAGCUAAUAAGGACAAGCUUGAAGUGACCAUUAAUUAA